AUGGUUCUCAACAAAUCUCAUACUAGCUUGGGCUCCAGAAAGUCAUCUUUCUUCAACUCAUACCAGUUGGCCCACCCUCCUCAGCCAGAUGUCUACUUUGUCGGUGUAGAUGUUGGUACCGGUUCUGCCAGAGCCUGUGUUAUCGACACCAACGGUGUUAUCUUGGGUCUUGCCGAAAGACCCAUUACGCGCCACCAGUUGCGUCCCAACUUCAUCACUCAGAACUCUACUGAGAUUUGGAACGCUAUUUGUUUCUGUGUGAAGUCGUGUUUGAGAGACUCUGGAGUGGAUCCAUCCGAUGUGUUUGGAAUUGGCUUUGAUGCUACAUGUUCGUUGGUGGCCAUUUCGGAGUCCACGGACCAGCCAGUUGGAGUUGGUCCCGAUUUCUUGGAUCUGAAGGAGAACAUCAUCUUGUGGAUGGACCACCGUGCUGUUGACGAGACUAAUGAGAUCAAUGCCACGGGUGAUAAGGCUUUAAAGUACGUGGGUGGCCAGAUGUCCAUUGAAAUGGAAUUGCCCAAGAUCAAAUGGUUGAAACACAACAGACCAGGAGGUUUAGAUGACUUGAAGUUCUACGAUUUGGCUGACUACUUGACCCACAAGGCUACUGGCUCAGAAGCCAGAUCCUUUUGUUCUACCGUGUGUAAACAGGGCUUUGUGCCCAUUGGCGUGGAUGGCUCGACUACUGGUUGGUCCAAGGAAUUGUUAGAGCAAGUAGGAUUGCCAGAGUUGGUGGCCAACGACUUUCAGAAGUUGGGAGGAGUUCCCGGCAAGAACGGAACGUUUUUGAGUGCUGGAGACCACGUUGGAAAACUCACCCAGAAGUCUGCUGACGACUUGGGUUUGACCACUGAGUGUGUGGUUGGAAGUGGUGUCAUUGACGCUUACGCUGGUUGGAUUGGUACUGUCGCCGGUAAAGUGGACCUUCCUUCAUAUCCAGAGUUGUCUGAAGAAUCCAAGGGCUCAGUGCAAGCUGCUUGUGGACGUUUAGCAGCCGUAGCAGGAACCUCUACCUGUCACAUUGCCAUGACCGAGGACCCAUGCUUCGUCAAAGGAGUUUGGGGUCCAUACAAGGAUGUUUUGGGACCAGGCUAUUGGUUGGCUGAAGGUGGCCAGUCUUGUACGGGUGCACUUUUGGCGCACGUCUUGUCCAUUCAUCCAGCACAUGGAGAGUUGGUGCAGUUGUCAGAGGCUUCCAACUUGUCUAAGUUUGACUACUUGAACUUGGUGUUGGAAAACAUGGUCACCGAGACAGAAAGCAGAUCGGUGGUUGCUUUAGCCAAACACAUUUUCUUCUAUGGAGACUUCCACGGUAACAGAUCGCCAAUUGCUGACCCUAGAAUGAGGGCCUCUAUCAUCGGACAAUCUAUGGAUUCAUCUGUGAAGGACUUGGCCUUGCAGUACUUCGGUGCUUGUGAGUUUAUUGCUCAGCAAACCAGACAAAUCAUCGAACACAUGGAGAAAGGUGGUCACAAAAUUAAAUGUGUGUACAUGAGUGGUGGCCAGUGCCGUAAUGGAUUGUUGAUGCGCUUGCUUGCUGACUGUACUGGAUUACCAGUGAUCAUUCCACGUUACAUUGACGCAGCUGUUGUGUUUGGAAGUGCCUUGUUAGGAGCAGUUGCUGCUCUGGACCUUGUGGACGAGCACAUCAACACCAAGGGACGUUCAAGAAGAGCAUCGAUUUUGAAGUCCCAGACAGACUUGAACUCCAUGUCCCACGCCAAGAGUGUUUCUCCUCCUCAUUCUCCUUACACUGCGCCUUCUGCUACAGCCUCUAGCUCCAACAUUGCAUUUGGAUACGCUGGACCUCACCACCCCUCAGCUAUGACACCAGUGGGAGAAGAGGGACAAGACUACUUCAACCAGCAACCUCUCAGCAGAAAGAAGUCCAUUAAGUCCGAGACAGACAGUGACAGCGAGGACGAUCAGACGUUGUCGUUCGGCUCCAAGCUGAACACUUCGCAGAAUGUCCAGAAGGACUUGUCGCACAAGAUGCACAAGUUGAAUCUCAAGCCAUUAACCAGUAUCUCUGGCAGUAUCAAGAAGAAGAACAAGAGCAAGCACGCCGGAGAUAAGUUAUGGCAGACCAUGGAGAAGUUCACGGGACCAGGUAAGGCCAUUUUGCCUCGUGGAGACAAUGAUCCUGACCGGAAAUUAUUGGCAGUGAAGUACAAGAUUUUCCUUGAGCAAUGCUAUAAGCAACAAGAAUACAGAGAAUUGGUGGACGAGCUCGAGAAGCAGUAG